UCAGAAAGAAGAAAGAAGAAAGAUCCAUCGAUUAAUUAAGGAAAUGGCAGAAGAAGGGGCGCCUCCGCCUCCACCGCCGCCGCCGCCGACGCCGUCGCCGUCGCAGACGCAGGCGUGGCGCAGUUACAUAUCGGAAGAUCUUCCCCGCAGCGUCCAACAGUCGGCCGAUUCCGCCAUUCGCUCCGCCCGUUCACUCCAGGAAUCAUCUUCCACCCAUCUCCGCUCGAUUCAGGAUUUUGUUCCCCAAAUCGGUACUCGAUACAGAUACUAUGAAGACGCUUUCAUCCACAAAGUUAAAGAUGAGUUGAUGACCUUAAAAGAACACCCAGCUCUAGCAGGUGGAGUUGCUGUUACUGCUUUCUUCCUCCUUAUGCCUGGUCCUAGAAGAUUUUUGUUUCGUCAGACAUUGGGUCGACUUCAGAGUGAGGAGGCACAAUUUGUUAAAGCUGAAAACAAUGUCAAAGAGUUGACCUUAUCUGUUGACAUAAUGAAGAAGGAGAGCAAGAAACUGCUUGAACGAUCUGUGCUUGCUGAAAAAGACAUGAAACGUGGCCAUUCGGACCUCAUGGGUGCUGGAACUGAGAUUCAAAGCCUUGCAAGAUCAGUUUAUAAGACAGAAACUAAAGCUGCUGAUUUGAUGGAUCUGCUCCGAGAAAUUCCUGGUAGGGAGGCUUUGAAGCUACGAGCAGAUGUUGCUUCAAUGGCAUCACAUCUGCGGCAGCAAAGAUCGGCGAUGGAUAGAAGAAUCUUGAAGAUUUCUGAAUUAGGUGUUCCCGUGUAACAGUUUUGAUCCAAUUUCUCUAAUAACAACCCAUUGCUUCUAACACUUGGUGGCACCGGACGAAAUUUUGGGCCACUUUGUUGCUUUUUUCAUUCAGAAGAAGCAUCUUAUAAAGAACACGUACAUAUGUGCCCAAUGACAAUAUGUUGAAGCUUGAUUCUGCUUUACGAUCUCAUAGGUGGAAUCCGUUGUAAGACUUUGAAUGUGGUUUUGAUUUUUUAUAUUAUAUUAUAUCCAGAGUUACCAAAUUCGAUUUGGAAGAGAAAACUGUGAUUUUAAUGAACAGGAAGGCACUACUAUGCAGUAGUCGUGCUUUUUUUCUUUUUUUUCUU